AUGAGGUCAGACUUCAAGUUUUCAAAUCUGUUAGGAACGGUUUACCGACAGGGCAAUGUUAUUUUCUCCAAGGACGGGACUGUGCUACUUUCUCCAGUGGGAAACAGAGUCUCGGUCUUCGACCUGGUAAAAAACCAAUCUUUCACGUUUGAGUACGAGCAUCGCAAAAAUGUGAGCUGCAUCGCUUUGAACCCACAGGUCACACUGCUGCUGUCGGUGGACGUGGACGGGAGAGCGAUAUUGGUCAACUUUCGAGCCAAAACGGUACUACACCACUUCAAUUUCAAAGAGCCUGUUAGUGAUCUACAGUUUUCGCCAGACGGUAAGACUUUCGCAUUGGCCUGUGGACGUUUUAUUCAAAUAUGGAAGACUCCAGAGGUGGCUGAGGAUAGACAAUUUGCGCCGUUUGUUCGACAAAGAGUGCAUGCCGGCCAUUUUGCUCAGGUAACUUCGCUAAGCUGGUCGCCAGACUCUCGUUUUCUGCUCUCUACAUCUAAAGACCUAACGGCGAGGAUUUGGUCUCUGGACCAAGAAGAACAAGAUCUAGCAGCCACAACAUUUGCUGGCCACAGAGACUACGUGGUGGGGGCCUUUUUUUCAGCAGACCAGGAACAUAUCUACACCAUAAGUAAGGAUGGAGCCUUAUUCCAGUGGGGCUACACAUCGAAGCAAGAGGUUGAGGAAGGCGAGGAACCGGAGCCCUCGUCGUACAGCUGGCGUAUCGUGAAAAAAAAUUACUUCUACGCAUCUCCAGCCAAAGUCAAGCGUGUUACGUUUCAUGCAAAAUCUAACGUUCUGGUAGUGGGUUUCAGCAAUGGUGAGUUUAGACUUUACGAAUUGCCUGAUUUCACUUUGAUCCAGCAGCUAUCAAUGGGCCAGAAUGCCAUAAAUGCAGUUGCGGUAAAUCAGACCGGGGAAUGGUUAGCUUUCGGUUCCAGUAAGCUAGGCCAGCUUCUAGUCUACGAGUGGCAGUCUGAGUCUUAUAUUUUGAAACAACAAGGCCAUUUCGAUGCCACUAACGCAGUUGCAUACUCUCCAGACGGGUCUCGCGUGGUGACCGCUUCAGACGAUGGCAAAAUUAAGAUAUGGGAUGUGGUCUCUGGCUUUUGCCUAGUAACACUUCAGGAGCACGCAGCGGCUGUAACAGGGCUUGCAUUUGCUAAAAAAGGUCAAGUGUUGUUUUCUGCCUCUUUAGACGGUACGGUGAGAGCUUGGGAUCUUAUUCGGUACCGUAACUUCAGGACUUUCACUGCUGCCGAGCGUAUUCAGUUCAACUGCCUAGCUGCAGACCCCUCUGGUGAAGUUGUGUGCGCAGGCUCUACCGACAGUUUCGCUAUUCACGUGUGGUCCGUUCAAACCGGUCAGUUGGUUGAGACCUUGGACGGACAUGAGGGCCCAGUGAGUUGCUUGUCCUUCAGUAAAGAGAACGGAGUUUUAGCCUCUUCCUCAUGGGACAAGACAGUCAGAAUAUGGUCCAUAUUUGGUAGAUCACAGCAAGUCGAACCUUUAGAAGUCUUUGCAGAUGUAUUGGCUAUUUCUGUGAGACCUGAUGGUGGCGAAGUGGCUGUUUCGACAUUGGACGGUAAUGUUCUGUUUUUCGACAUCAACGAGGGGAAGCAAGUCAAUGCCAUCGAUGGCAAGAAAGACAUUCUUUCGGGUAGACACCUGGAAGACAGAUUUACAUCAAAAAACUCCGCCAGAUCAAAAUAUUUCACCAGUAUUGACUACAGUUUCGAUGGUCUCUCAUUGGUAGCAGGUGGUAACAACAAUUCUAUCUGUCUCUACGACAUUCCCAAUAGUGUUCUGCUCAAAAGAUUCAAUGUGUCCAGAAAUAUGUCUUUGAAUGGUACAUUGCAACUUCUGAACAGCAAAAGAAUGACAGAGGCUGGUUCGCUUGAUCUAAUUGACCGGGACGGUGAAAACUCUGAUUUGGAAGAUCGCAUGGAUAACACCUUGCCCGGUUCAAAUAGAGGAGGUGAUCUUUCUACUAGGAGAGUAAGACCAGAGGUGAGAGUUACAGGAUUGAAAUUCUCUCCCACUUCCAAUGCGUUUGCUGCGGGAUCCACGGAGGGUAUUUUGAUCUAUUCUGUUGAUGAGAGUCUUUUGUUUGAUCCGUUCGAUCUGGAUAUCGACAUUACUCCACAGGCCGUUGUGGAGGCACUUAACGAGAAGGAAUACUUGAAUGCCCUAGUAAUGUCCUUUAGACUUAAUGAGGAGUAUCUUAUCAAGCGUGUUUACGAGUCUGUGCCGGUGAAGGAAAUAAAUUUGGUAAGUGGAGGGCUGCCGAUUGUCUACGUUGCACGUAUGCUCAGGUUCAUUGGAGAAUUUUCCAUGGAGUCCCAACACCUGGAGUUCAAUGUGCUAUGGGUGAAAGCUAUUCUUUCUGCUCAUGGUCGUUAUAUCACCUCUCACAAGCAUGAAUUUGCGUCAUCUCUGCGUGCUGUUCAGCGUUUCCUUGCCCGCAUUGCGAAAGACGUGGUCUCCGCUUCGAGUGACAACAAGUACGCUCAUUGGUUCCUCGUUUCCACAGAUGGAUCUAUAGAAGCCGAAGUCGACGAGGCUGCCUCUGAAGUCGAACAAAACUACAAUUCUGACAACGACGACGAUGACGAUGACGACGUGGUGAUGGGAAACGGUUCUGACGACGACGACGACGACGACGGCGAAGGAUGGAUAGGAUUUUCAGACGCCAAAACCAAUAUUCUUCCGAUCGUUGAAAACAACGAUGACAGCGACGAUGACAAUGACGACGAGGACCUCAUUUAA